AUGCUGUCUAUGCAACCUCUCUCUCUUUUCCUAUACUCCAUCCUACUGGUCUCGUUUGGCAAUGCAGCAGAGCAAGAGCCACUGCGAGGAGCCGUUAGUGCAACCCCUAAGCGGGUAGCAGUAAUUGGCGCCGGUGCUGCAGGCUCGUUUACUGCGUAUCAACUGCGCAAGCUCGCAGAUGAAGCCGACAUCCCUGUCGAUAUCACAGUUUAUGAGCGUGAAUCAUAUGUCGGCGGCCGCUCAACAACCGUCAAUGUAUUCGACAACCCAGCGUACCCUAUUGAACUGGGCGCUUCCAUCUUUGUCCAGAUUAAUUAUAACCUGGUCAACGCAUCCCGUGAUCUCGGCCUAAUGGUCAAUAGUGCUGAUCAUGCACGGCCUAGGGAGACCGAUGAGAGUAUCGGGAUCUGGGAUGGGAACCAAUUUGUUUUCACGAUGAAGAAUUCGUAUAACUGGUGGAAUAUUGGCCGGCUGUUCUGGCGGUAUGGACUGGCGCCACUGCGUACUCAGAAUUUGGUGAAGAGUGUUGUUAGCAGGUUUCUCCGCCUUUACGAUGAGCCAUUGUUCCCCUUCAGCUCUCUCACUCAGGCGGCUAUCGCGGCCGACUUGAUCAAUGCCACUGCAUCUUCUGGCAAUGUGUUUCUCCAGUCAAAUAGCAUUGACUCGCUAUUUGCAAGGGAGAUCAUCCAAGCGAGUACUCGAGUGAAUUAUGGGCAGAACCUGCAGUUGAUUCAUGGCUUGGAAUCUAUCGUCUGUAUGGCUACGGAUGGAGCGGUUUCUAUCCAGGGCGGAAAUUGGCGUAUUUUUGAUGGCGCACUGACAGCAUCUGGAGCGAAUAUCAAAGUGAAUACCACGGUCACCGAGAUUUUACGCAACGAUGAUGGGACCAUGCGGGUAUCCUCAAAGCUAAACACCGCUGCCAACUCAGAGGAUGGGGAAUUCGACGAAGUUGUCAUUGCCGGUCCUUUGCAGUACUCGGAGAUCUCCAUCUCCCCUCCCUUGGAGUACACUCCAGAUGAGAUUCCAUAUUCCAAUCUGCACGUUACACUCUUUGCAUCCCCACACCGCAUCUCAUCGAAGUAUUUUGGCCUAGAUCUAAAUGCUCGAGCGCCUGAGACCAUUCUGACUACUCUACCCGAGGGCCUUGAUCUGGGUUCAAACCCAGCUGGCGUUGGGCCUAGCGGCUUCUGGAGUAUCAGUACACUUCGAACAGUUGAUCAUUCUGUCGCGGAAUCCGAGGAUACGCAGCAACAUUACGUCUACAAAAUCUUCUCGCCAGAGCGCCCCACGGCUGAAUUCAUUGCGCAGAUUCUGGGACUAGAGAGUGAGACUAUAGGGAGAAAUACGACUAUUGGAGACCUCUUGACAGGCGAUAUCAGUUGGUUCCAUGAGAAGCUAUGGAACCCAUAUCCUCUUGAGUAUCCGCGAGUGACAUUUGAAGAGACUCUCUUGGCUCCGGGUGUAUGGUACACGGGUGGCAUAGAGAGCUUCAUCUCGACAAUGGAGACUAGUGCACUGAUGGGCCGGAACGUGGCAACCCUCAUGUUCCAGUCGUGGUAG